UGAGACAACUGACCGCUGCGCCUGUUGAAGAGUUUGGCUGUGUGCAUGUGGGGACUGGACACUUGGACAUCAGACACUGACCACAAGGAAUACCUAUAUUUUUCUACGUCUUUCUGGGAAUGAAACAUUAGUUUAAUAUAAAAUGUGUGAAAUAAUAUUUAGUCAGAUUUUUCUUCGGUUUCCGUUACUUCUCUGGAUGGCAGGUGGGCCUACACAUGCCGCCUGUCCUAUUGAGCUCAACCCUCCCAGAUUGGUGGUGAGAUAUGGAGACUCAGUCUCAGUCAACUGCAGCACAUUAUCCACAGACCACGAGGGGAUGGGCUGGGAGGCCACAUUAGGAGGUACAGGUUUAGAAGAGGUCAACUUUGUCAUCUGGAAUGUGGAGAAUUUGACAGACUGGACAAUACAACCUAAAUGCUACCUCACAUCAAAAGAUGGAGAGCAGUGUUCGAAAAAGUUCCCUGUCAUUCUAUACAAGACUCCAGACAGCGUCUCCGUCUCUCCUCAGAGACACUCUGGUCCCAUGGUGGAGGGGACAGAGUACCAGCUGCAGUGUGACAUACAGAAUGUCGCUCCUUUACGGAGGCUGGUUGUCAGAUGGUACAAAGGGAAUGAAACUGUAAAAAUUCAAACAUUUAAUGACUCCAAGAUGAACCCAGUGGAUGUGUUCUCCACCCUUAACAUCACCCCCAGGAGAUUUGAGGAUGAAGUAAAGUACAGGUGUGAGGCAGAGCUGGACCUGGGACCACUACCUUCUGUCAUGUCAUCACAGACUCUUCAUUUUGCUGUUUACUUCCCACCACAGAACAUUCUGGAGCUGAGGGACACAGAAGUUGAUUUUGGUUCCCCUACUGGGCUGAAUUGCUCCUCCAAUGGGAACCCCCGGCCAGAGUACUCCUGGACUUAUCACCGGGCUCCCAACGUGAAAUUGAAGAAUGAUGAUGGGGGGUCCCUACUGACCAUCAAGCAGGCCGCAGGGGAGAACAUUGGGACCUACACAUGCCACGCCAGUAAUACCCUGGGAAAGGUCUUUAAAAUAGCCAGAGUCUCUGUCAGAGGAGCAGAGCCGGUAUGUCCUAUCAAGCUGAUCCCUGAGAGUGUGGUGGUGAAAUAUGGAUCUCCAAUCUCAGUGUCGUGCAGCAACACAACCAGUGUUGAAGAGAUCUACUGGACAGCAGGUCCAGAAGUUGUCAAUGACACUACCUGGAGUGUUCUGGAACUCCUAGACUGGGACAUAAGGCCUGGUUGUAAGGCAACCUUUCAGGGGAUUGGAAGAUGCAGUAAGCCUCUGCACAUCACAGUAUACAAGACUCCAGACAGCGUUUCCAUCUCUGUUCUGAGACACUCAGGUCCCAUGGUGGAGGGGACAGAGUACCAGCUGCAGUGUGACAUACAGAACAUCGCUCCUCUACAGAACCUGGUUGUGAAGUGGUACAAAGGAAAUGAACCCUUAGAUAAUGUAACUUACAGUAACGUCAGUAAGACACCAGUGGAUGUGUCAGAUACUCUGAUGAUCAGCCCCAGUAGAAGAGAUGAUGGAGCUCAGUAUAGAUGUAGAGCAGAACUGGACCUGGGACCAGAGGGACCACAGCAUACAGUGACAUCAGAACCUCUCAGCAUUACUGUACACUAUAAGCCAUGCAUCAAUGCAUCUCGACUGCCAGUGAGGAUACCUGUGUUCAGGGGCUAUCCUGAGGAGUUAGUGUGUGAGGCUGAGGGUUACCCACAGCCCAGGAUAAAGUGGGUCUAUGACCCAGCGAAGCAUGUCAGUGAGGCGGGAGGCAACCUGAUUGUCUUUGAGGCAGGGCUCUACAACUGCACCGCCACCAACGAUGUGGAGACGACCUUCAUUGUGGUAGAGGUGGUUUUUAAUGAGGACUACCUGCCCCUCAUAGCGGGCUUCGUGGCCUUCAUGGUCGUGGUCAUCUCGGUUAUCUUCGUCUUCAUCUACUCCAUCUACUACAAGAACACCAAGAUGGGCCGCUACAGCCUGAAGAAGGCCAAGCUCAGCAGCACGCCCAACGGCAACGUAGCGCAGAACGGCGGCCGGGACACUCCGCUCCCGAUGACUAAACUGUCUCAGCCAAACAUCAACUUUUAAGAGAACGAGCUUUAUUGGGAUGGGCCACUCUUUCCCCGCUGAGAGACUAAGUGACUAAGUGAGAGACCAAGUGGUUGAGGUGGUUGAGGGGCUGGUCACAACUCAUUCAGCUGGCAGACGCCGGUCUGGAUUGUGAUAGUUGGGAGUGUCUCCUGACUCUCCUCCAACCUCCCUAUGCUCCAUAUGCACUCCCUUUCCUCUUUAGCACUAAGAUUUUAAGUACAGAUCAGUCCCUCUAUUUCCCCUUCUACUGAAGAACCUGAUGAGGUAGAAUAACCUCUGUUUUUAGUGAGCUUUAUGAUCUAUUCUACACAUUCAAAGUGUAGCUGAUGUUUUCUCUGAAGGACAAGAAGAAGUAGCAGCGAAUGGACAAGGUGAAAUCCCUUUUUGGAAAUUGGCUUAUUUGAAAUAUUUUUUAUAUGACUGGUUUUGGAAAAACUGGUUUGUAUUGCAUAAGCACCAACAAGGGAAUUGUUAUGUCAUUUUGAAUAUCUUUUUUUUGUUUGGUCUGAUGACAAUGUAAUUGCUGUCACAUUAUGCAAUUGCUUGAAGAGCAGCACAUGAUUGAAAUUGUGAGAAUGUUCCCUUUGCCUGGAUGUGAUGUCUUGCUCGUGACAAGAAGCUUGGAGUGGAACCUGCAGUACAGUGGAGGCUGCUGAGGGGAGGACGGCUCAUAAUAAUGGCUGGAACGGCGUGAAUGGAAUGGCAUCAAACACAUGGAA